AUGACAAGCAAUGUGGUUAUCAAGAAAGUUGAUCCAGAGGCAUUUACUAUUUCAUGUACUAUUGGGAUGCUUCAAUUUGCCAAAGCUUUCUGUGACUUGGGGGCAAGUAUUAACUUGGUGUCGUAUGCCAUUUUCAAACAACUUGGGCUGGGCAAACUUAAAUUUACAACAAUGCGUCUCCUCAUGGUUGAUCGAUCUAUUAAGCAUUACGUUGGCAUCCUUUAUGAUAUUUUGGUGAAAGUUGAUAGGUUCAUUUUUUUGGCCUACUUUGUUAUUUUGGAUUGUGAGAUUAACACUGAGGUACCUAUUAUAUUAAGUAGGCCGUUUUUGGCUACCGGAAGAGUCCUUCUGGAUGUUGAAAGUGGUGAAAUGAAAUUUCGAGUAAAUGAUGAGGAGGUUACUUUCAAUGUGUGUAAAUCGAUGAAGCAACCGAGUGACAUUCAUGUAGUUUCAACCAUUGAUGUGAUUGAUGAGGCAAUGACUAGUGAGGAAGUUCAAGGUUAUGAUGAAGUUGUGGAUGCUCUAUCGGGUUUGGGUUCUGACUCAAAGAACCCAUUGAAGCUCGACAUUGAUCUUAAAAAUUGA